AUGGAUGCAGACUCUCCCCGUGCUCACCUGUACUCCCUACCCAACGAGGUCUUCGCUCAGAUUCUCUCUCCAUUCUCGACGAGAGCCCUAUUGCCCCUCACGACCGUCUCUCACCGCUUUCACGCCUUGAUUCUCCGUAUCCUGCACUACCGCCUGCUCCUGUCCGCAUCGCUGAAGGAAUAUAAACUGAUACUCGAGUGCUUCCAUCCGACGUCUAAACUCAUCGAACCACACGUCUUUUGCAAGUAUCUCGGAACCGACGGACUCAGUAACAAGUACGAAGGCGAAGGGUCUCUCUAUGAGAAUGUCGAGACUGCCCAGCAACUGGGGCGGCUUAGUACUCUCUAUUCCAGAUUUCGCCCAGAAGUGACGGUAGAGGAGAGGUCUAACGGUGCAAGGCUGGUUCCCUUGGCCGAUUAUGAUCCCGACCGUCUCGCUGUGACGAGGCCGGUCAAUCUGGACGAAGACGAGAAUUUCUCUCAACUGUGCGUGGUGGUCAACAUUGUCAAGGUCAUGCCGGGGACAAAUCUCCUCCUUAGUACGAUGACUGUUGAAGACGGUGUCAUUCGCGUAUUUAGGGAUUGGUUGAAGGAACAAACAAAACGGCCUGGCUCCGCAACGACUCCAGGUGGAGACUCCGACGAUGGAAACAGUCAUAUGCUGUGGGUUGGGCAAAGCAAGAAUGUCGGACUUAAGGUACGGGUUCGGGAAAAGCAAUAUAUCAAUCGCCAUGCCCCUGUCUUGGUACAUCAAGACGAGGACCCUUUCGUCAGCUACGAAUUGUAUAUUGAUGAACUCCAUAUACGAACCACCCGGCUGCUCAUGACCAUGGAGCAAUCACUGCAGGAGGAACAGAAUUAUACUAAAGCUAUGAUAUUCACGCGCAGCCUCGGAUGA